GUUGGCUUUCCCGGAAAGAUGCGUAUCCCCGAUUCCAAAAGCCAGAGAUGAGAAGCCUGCAAGAGGAAAUGGGCCCAUGACUCCAAUUGCAUAGCGGAGAACCCUGUCCUUGAGCCCACCUUUUUCCACCACGUCGAGAUAAUGCGCCGCUUUUCGCCCCCUGGUGCCAUUGGAAUUCCCAGGACGUAGACUAUUGUUGGCACAUAAAUAUCUCACUCCUCCCGUUUUGCUCCUGAAAUAAUGUUUUCUCCAAGUCUACAAACGACAGUGUCAGCUACCUUCAGUCUUCUAGCGGUCUUUCUUGACAAUGAGGUUCAGGCUUCCUCUUAAGCGCGAUGAGUUGCCGGUUGAUGAGAGCAACCAGCGACCGGUAGAUCAUGAAGCCCCCGCAGAGAAGGUGGUAGGAUCUCAGCCUGUUGAGGUUGACCCCAAGGAGAACGGCCAAGAUGAUGUUGUGAACGCAGAAUUCCAGCAUGGUGUUCAAGCCGCCCAAGCCAUGACUCAAGUGUGGUCGUUUAGCCAUAUUGUCGCGGCUUAUGUCUUGAUCUGGAUCAUUCACUUUAUUAUGGCUUUCGCAUCCGGUAUGAUCGGAAAUUUGACCCCAUUCGUCACGAGUGCUUUCGCAGAACAUUCCCUGACGGCUACAACAUCGAUCAUUUCGUCUCUGGCUGCCGGUCUCAUCAAACUCCCUUAUGCGAAGCUUAUGGAUAUCUGGGGUCGACCCCAAGGUUUCGCAGUCAUGGUUGGCAGCAUGACUAUGGGGUUGAUCAUGAUGGCUGGGUGCAAUAAUGUGGAAACAUACUGUGCGGCGCAAGUAUUCUAUCAGAUUGGAUACACAGGCCUCGACUUUACAAUGACUAUCUUCAUUGCGGACACUUCGAAACUCAAAAAUCGUGCGUUCUGGAUUGCGUUCGUUGCCUCGCCCUAUAUCGCAACCGUUUGGGCCUAUGGCCCUGCAUCGCAGAGCACCCUUGAUACCAUUGGCUUCCGUUGGGGCUUCGGAAUCUGGGCCAUUGUUAUUCCCGUGGUUUGCGCACCACUGUUCUGGCUUUUCUAUCACAACCAACGCAAGGCGGAGAAGAUAGGUCUCAUGCCUGUGCACGAAUCCAACCGCACAUUACCUCAGUCGGUUCUUCACUAUGCCAAGGAGUUUGACUUGCUUGGUAUCUUCAUCUUUGCCCUUGGUCUAGCACUUUUCCUACUCGCUUUCAACCUUUACACGAAGCAGCCUAGCGAAUGGCGCUCGCCACUCAUUAUCUGCUUCCUUGUCUUUGGGGGCCUUCUGAUAAUCGGCUUUAUCUUCUAUGAGAAAUACCUUGCUCCUGUCACAUUCAUCCCUUGGUACCUUCUCAAGAACCGCACCGUGAUUUUCACCUAUACCAUGGCAACAAGUCUUUACAUCGCGUGGUAUGUCUGGGACAACUACUUCUAUUCCAUGCUGCUCGUCGUCUACAAUCAGAACGUCACAGAGGCAUCAUACAUCAGCAACAUCUAUACAGUCGGGUCUUCAUUCUGGUCAAUCGUUAUGGGUAUCCUAAUCCGCUACAACGGCCGCUUGAAGUGGCAAGCUCUCUAUUUUGGUGUCCCCGUCACCAUUCUCGGCGUUGCCCUCAUGAUUCAUUUCCGCCACGCAGGCGUUGACAUUGGCUACAUCGUCAUGUGUCAGAUCUUUAUUGCCUUUGGCGGGGGAACACUUGUCAUCUGUGAACAAAUGACUGUCAUGGCUGUAUCCCGCCAGCAAGAUAUCCCCGCCGUCCUCGCAGCCGAGGGCAUGUUUAUCAAUAUUGGUUCCGCGGUCGGCUCAACCAUUGCUGCUGCCAUGUGGACUGGUAUCUUCCCUCAAAAGCUGAAAGAAAACCUUCCCGCCGAUGCCCUGUCCGACCUCAACACCAUCUACGGAGAUGUUACGGCGCAGUACGGGUAUCCCGUUGGAAGUCCAGAGCGCCAUGCCAUCAAUCUGUCUUAUAGCCAGACACAACGGCUCAUGCUGAUCGCUGCUACGUGCCUUUACUCUAUUACUCUUACGUCCGUAUUGCUGUGGAAGGAUGUUAAUGUCAAGAAGAUCCACCAGGUCAAGGGACGCGUUUUCUAAGCGACGCUAUCUCUGAACUUUCGGUGGGCAGGGGGUGUGCUUGGCUUUGCUCGCAAGCUAUGCCCGAUCCUAUUAUAAAAUCAUAUUGCCGUCUGUGGCUCUGACGGCCCCUACUACAAAUGAUAAUCUUAAUUGUAAUUGCUUACCAUCUAAGCCUUUUAUAUUUGCUACCUAUAUUUCUCGGAGUCCUGACUCGG